AUGGACGCUCUCACCAAGUCCUCGGCGGAUAACCUUCUGGAAAAGAUUCGUCACCUGGCUUCCCGCCCUGUUCCGGAAUUCAAUAGGUUUGAGGCCCUAGACCUCUUAGAAGCUUUAAAGAAUGCGGCUCAAGAUACAAAGCACGAGAAGGCGGGUUAUUUUCGCCUCGCGUUUGAGACUCUUCGUGGGAAAGCUGAUGAACCCAACGACCAGUUUCGUAAUUGUCUCCUUCCUUUGCUUGGUGAUAAGGACCAGGAGAGGUGUUAGAGGUGGUGGCGAAGGUUGAGAAGAAUAAUCGUCGAAAGACAUUAGUCAGUGAGGCAGAGUUCGGGACCUGGUAGAAGAGCCAUGGCAUCCCCUUAUAUGGGGGUUCGUUGCUACUAUUGUAAUCGCUCUGGGCAUACUCAGAUAAAUUGUUUCAAACGGAAACCAGAUUUGGGCGGGCCUUCUGGUUUUUCCCGUGCGGCUCCUCAACCAAAUGUUAACGCAAAUUAGAAUAAAUAGAGAAAUAACUGUGUAAAGUUCGAGCAGUUUAUAAUUUCACUGCAAUUUCAUUGUACUACCUAUGACGGAUUGUUGGUAAUAAUGAUAAGGAUGUUGGAAAUAAAUGAUUUUCUCUGUAUUGAGUAGCCUAUUAAUGUUCCUGGAUUCUUUCCCUUGUAUAGAUAAUAAGUUUUCCAGGGUUUGUUUGGAGUGACAGUUAUGAAAAAGAGUAUCUAAACAAACUCCCCCGGUUAUGCUGGGUCAUGUCUGUCACCCCUUGCUGGCCCCGUGGGUUCCCCCACUAACGUUCUGUUUCAUUCAUUCGUGUUUGUAAUCAGAAUAUUUUUUCCCUUCCCUUCUCAGAAUUCUUGUCGUUUGACUUGGGAUUGGGAGUGCGACUCGGAAUUUGAAGGAAAACUUUACGCACUCAGUAUUCUCCAAAGUCAAUCAAUUGGGUUGAUUGGUUGGGGAACUCAGUUGGGAUCGGCACUGGGGUAG